AUGACUGAACUUGUUGAGCAAAGAUACUGCAUCAAAUUUUGUCAAAAACUUGGUGAUUCUCAAUGCGAAACAAUUCGUAAGAUUCAGCAGGUGUUUGGAGAAGAUGCGAUGGGUGUAACCCAAAUUAAGGAGUGGUUCAACCGAUUCAAAAAUGGCCGCACAUCAGCGGAGAGUGACGAGCGUUCUGGCAGGCCCCAAAUUGCUCGGAGUGCAGCUGUUGUUGAGAGGGUGCGAAAUUUGGUAAUGACAGAUCGUCGUUUGACCGUGCGGGAGAUUGCCCAAGAGGUUGGAGUGAGUAAAGAUUCGGCACAUGCAAUUUUGCGUGAUGAUUUGAACAUGCACAGAGUGGCUGCGAAAUUCGUGCCCAAGUUGCUGUCACCGGAACAAAAAGACCUCCGCCUUGAAGUUGCACAGGACCUUCUGGACACCGCCAACGCUGAUCCUGGGUUUCUGAGCACCGUGAUAACUGGAGAUGAGUCAUGGGUGUACGGGUACGACCCAGAAACAAAAAGACAGUCGUCGCAAUGGAAGCAUCCCGAGUCUCCAAGACCGAAGAAAGCGCGACAGGUGCGAAGCAAAAUCAAGGUGCUGCUGACUGUCUUCUUUGAUGUCCGUGGAAUUGUGCAUCACGAAUACGCACCGCAAGGACAAACAGUGACAAAGGAGUACUAUCAGGAUGUUCUCCGUGACGCAGUUCGGCGCAAAAGACCAGACAUGUGGACGGCGAAAAACUGGCAACUGCAUCACGACAACGCCCCCGCACAUUCAUCCCACUUGAUCCAAAAUUUCUUGGCCAAACAUGGAAUUUCAACCGUUCGCCAACCUCCCUACUCUCCAGACAUGGCUCCUUGCGACUUCUGGUUGUUUCACAAAUUGAAGACCCCACUGAAAGGAUCCCGAUUUGAAAGUAGAGAAGAGAUAAUGCGGAACGCGACGACGGGAGAUGAACACCAUUCCAAAAGAAGACUUCCAGAGGUGUUUCCGGCAGUGGAAGGAUCGGUGGGCUAA